AUGACGCUCUUCAAAUUCCUCAUAUCUAGUAUCGCAAUAUCUUCUAGAGCGAUCCUUGCGCAAGCAAAAGUCACGCAAGAUGACUUUACUGGCAUUGGCCACAUCCUCGUCCUCAAUUCCAGCGACUAUCGAACUGCGAGUCCGAAGCAAAUUGUCGGCUGUCUCGACGACAGUGGACAAAUUAUGCAGGAAAAAAGCUUAGACGAUUGCGGUACGUUUGCCAGACUAAAUGAAUAUCCGUACACCCUUUCUAGCAAAGCGGGGAACUGCUCUUUCAACGAUAAAAAUACGGCGGCGAAUACGGAUAGUUAUUAUGGGAAGAAUGAUCAUGCUUGGAGUUGUAAUGCUACGUAUAUAGCCAAUAUCUACGAUGAGCUCUAUACCAUUACGGGAUUCAACUACCCCUUCCUCUGCUGGGGAGACAUCGCCUGCUACUACGAUGCAAAAACCAUCCCUUCCCACAGCGACGACAAAAUCGCUCUUUGGCAAUACCGCUGGGGUUCCAUGCAAAUGGAUAUUACACCCGGUCAUGUCAUGUUGCAGUUGAUGUGGAAUAAGACGGGCGACCUGCCGAAGAGAGAAGACGUUGAUGUUGCGCCAGGACCAAGAAUGGAAUUGAAAGGAGAAAGUCAGGCUGUGCUGCUGCAGGGACAGCAAGUUAGUUCGUAA